AUGGGAACGGCCCCCGGUACACAUUACGACGGUAUUAUUAGCCGCCCCGACCUCUGUACCUUUAAUUCGUCCGUCCUCCUCUGCCCAUCCAAUUAUACCGCCUCCACCAACGGAACAACAACCUGCCUAACCCAACCCCAAAUCGACACAGUCGAAAAGGUCUACUCUUCCUACUACCACGAGGAUACAGGAGAAUUCAUCUAUCCCGGCCCUACCCUCGGCUCCGAAGCCGAAUGGUAUAGGAUAAUCGGUAAUACCAAUGGUACGCCCUCCCCCUACGGCGUCGGCUUCCAGCGCAAUUUCUUACUAGACAACGCUACCUGGAAUUGGACUAGCUACUCUGACUCCCUCGUCGACCUCGCCGACCGCAUCGACCCCGGCGCAGCCACAGCGGACGAAUACGACAUUUCGGCCUUCAAAUCCCGCAGCGGCAAAGUGAUUCUCUACCACGGCUUAGGCGACGGUCUCGUUCCCGCCAAGGGCACGGAACUGUACUAUAACCGCACCAUGCGCCUUUUUGGCGGGUCGCUUACCACGCUCGAGAACUUGGGCAACACAACCGAGUUCUUCAGAUUAUUUUUACUCCCAGGGAUGCAGCACUGCUAGGGGACUCCGGCGGGGGUGGAUGCGCCGUGGAACAUUGGCGGGGCGUUCCAAGCGGGCGUUAUAGGAUCGGGUUUGUGGUCUGUUCCCGGUUUUGAGGGGAGCGAGGAGCAUGAUGCGCUGGUAGCGCUGAGGAAGUGGGUGGAGGAGGGAAGGGAGGUGAAGCAGUUGGUUGCGACGAGUUGGAAGGCUGAGUUGGAUGUGAAUAGUGGGGUCAAGAGGCAGAGAAAGAUUUGCGCAUGGCCAGGGCAGGCGGUGUUGAGG